UUGUUUCAAGGAAAAAAAUAAGUUGGCGACAUCCACGACUGCACGCCGACGGCGGGCGCGCCACCGCCGCUCGUCGGCGCGGCGCCCGUUCCCACCCGCGAACUCGUUCCGCACCACCGCAGCGCGUGCUUCUUCGGAGCCCCGGCCGUCGGCUUGGAGUUGCACUUCUCGUCCCGCUUCCCGGCGUCGUCAGCCGACGGGCGCUUCCACGACGGCGGGAUGCUCCUCCGGCCCCAGCCUCUGGCGGAAGGCGCGUCGGGCGGGAAGGAAGACGAGCGCGGGAGAGGGUAGGUAGGUCCAUGUGCGCUUGCAUGAAAAUUUCAGGGAUCCAGUCUGCGCUCCUGUCGUAUUUUGGUCCGGCGGAUCUAGGUUGGCAGAUGGACGAGUCUGGCAUGAAUCACUCACUGUGGAGAGACAAAAUUGCUUGUGCCUCAGCUCCAGCCAUUUGAAUAUUGAGCAUCACUUGUUCGCAGGGGAGUUUGGUUGGUUCUCAUAUGGGAUUCAGUAAUUUUACUGAGCUCCCAAGCAGAGCUGUGUUUUCGAUUCGUCGUGUGUAGACUGUAGAGAGUCUGGCCUGUGUCUUACUGAAGGUUUGUUCAAGUCCUAAAAGAACACGAGGCCUUGCAUUGCGAUGGAUGGCUAGAGUUCGUCGAGGUUGCCAGGAAUUCUUGUAUGCAUGAUGCUGAUUCUGCAACUGCAAGAGGCAGUGUCUGCAUUUCAGAAAACACACUGAAAGAUCGAUGCUGCUUUACUGGUUGCUAAUUUUCUUUAUCCCCUUUUGCUCAACUUAUUCUUUGUGUGCCUAUGUGUGUGUGUCACAGGCUGCAAGGCAUCUUGCGAGGCAUCGGCCGGCGAAUGCGAUUUGCAAUGAGAUUGUGUCAGCGGCCUCCGUUCCUUCUUUGAGGGCACCUGCUGCAAAUACAACUACCAGCGCAGGUAGUGUGCUUAGAAACCUACUACAGAGGUACCGAUCGACCUCUGCUGGGCAGAGGAUACGGGGCGUGCACUCUGGCGCCGCUUCUCUUCGUAGCAACAUUUCUAGGAGUUAUCCAGAAAAGAGUUAUACAAAACUUCAGAACGCAGCCCAUGUUACAUUCCAACACACCUGCUGCAAAUACAACUACUGGUGCAGGCAGUGUGCUUAGAAAUCUACAACAGAGGUACCGAUCAAGUUUUGUUGGUCAGAGGAUACGGGGCAUGCACUCCGACACCGCUUCUCUUCCUAAAGAGUUUUAUAGGGGUGAUACAGAAGGAGUCAUGCAGAACAUCAAAAGGCUAAGUCAAGCAGGAAUUUCAAAUGCAGCAAGGGAGGAAGGACGUGUGCUUGGUACAGCUAGUGCACCCUAUUGCAUGGUAGAGAAAGGCCUGCUCGAACAGUCGAGGAAGCAGAUGCUGGCGGCGCUGGAUGUUCUCAUGGGUGGGCGGGUGGCCGAGGAGCUCAUGUUCGGAGAGGCAGGGGUCACCACCGGCCCCUCGUCUGAUCUCAGCCAGGCGACUCAGCUGGCGACGGACAUGGUCACCAAGUAUGGCAUGAGCAAGCGGGUCGGCCUUGUUUCCUAUGACGACAGUGGCCGCGCGGCGGCCAUGAGCGGGUCAAUGGCGGCCCUGGUCGAUGAGGAGGUGAAGGCAUUAUUGGACAAGGCUUACAGUAACGCGAGAACGAUUCUCACGGCCCACAGCAGGGAGCUCCAUGCGCUGGCCAACGCCCUCCUGAAGCACGAAACUCUCUCCGGUGACCAGAUCAAGAAGAUAGUAUCAGCAGAGUACGUACGGUCGUCGAUCAAAGGAAGAAGUAGCUGCGCUAGCUUGAUCCAUCUCGCCGGCCGACACGCCACCACGUAUGCGAUCUGCAUGCAUGGCCACCUUUCGACUCGCCUUCUCCAAGGAAUUUCAAGUGCGGCAAGGGUGGAAGGACGUGUUCUUGGAACAGCCAGUGCACCCUAUUACGUAAUAGAGAAAAGCCUACUUAAAAAACAGCUUCUGCGAACCGCCGGAGGCCUUGUAGUUACUGGCGUCGUAAUGUGGGCCUUUGAAAUGUUGGAGGACAUUGAUGUUCGUAAGUUUGAAGGUUUGAAAGAAGUGCCUAAGGAUUUGAACACCAAGUUAAGUGAUGUAAAGGGGGUCGAUGAGGCCAAAGCUGAGCUUGAGAACAUAGUUCACUACCUACGAAAUCCCAGCAGAUUCAACCGCCUUGGUGGCAAGCUUCCAAAGGGCAUUCUGCUUGUGGGCCCACCUGGCACAGGGAAGACCAUGUUGGCAAGGGCUGUGGCUGGGGAAGCCGGCGUCCCUUUCUUCGCGUGCAGUGGCAGUGCUUUCGAGGAGUCUUAUGUUGGUGUUGGUGCUAAGAGGGUGAGGGAGCUCUUCCGUGCAGCAAAGAAGCGAGCUCCUUGCAUAAUAUUCAUCGAUGAACUUGAUGCCGUUGGUGGGCGCAGAAACGCAGAAGAACCAUCGUGGGCAAAGCAGACUCUGAACCAGCUGCUUGUUGAGAUGGAUGGCUUCAAGCAGAAUGAAGGGAUCAUUGUGGUCGCAGCAACCAACUUCGCUGAGUCGCUAGAUGACGCCCUUGUCAGGCCUGGGCGUUUUGACCGUCAAGUUCGUGUUCACCUUCCAGAUGUUGUGGGCCGAAAGCAGAUCCUCGAGGCUCACAUGUCAAAGGUGCAGAAAGGCAUUGGUGUGAAUGCGCUGACCAUCGCGAGGGGGACGCCUGGGUUCUCGGGUGCAGACCUUGCAAAUCUAGUGAAUGAAGCCGCUCUCAAGGCUUCCAGGGAUGGGGCAUAUGCUGUUAGGAUGGAUGACCUUGAGUACGCCAAGGACAAGAUCAUCAUGGGCACUGAGCGCAAGUCGGCGGCGAUAUCUGAUCAUUCCAAGAAGAUGACCGCGUACCAUGAGGGUGGGCACGCCCUCGUUGCUAUCCUCACGGACGGUGCUGAACCUGUGUACAAGGCAUCCAUUUUGCCCAGGGGAAAUGCUCUCGGCUUGGUGACGCAGAUUCCAGGGGAAGACAGCGAGCUCGAAGCAUCGAGGAAGCAAAUGCUGGCAAGGCUGGAUGUCCUCAUGGGUGGGCGGGUGGCCGAGGAGCUUAUAUAUGGAGAAGCCGGGAUCACGACUGGUGCCUCAUCUGACCUAAACCAGGCGACCCAAUUGGCGAAAGACAUGGUCACCAAGUAUGGCAUGAGCAAGCGGGUCGGCCUCGUGACCUACAGCGACGACAACGCCGUUAGCGGCGGUGGCAAGACGAUGACCAUGAGCGGGCCGACGACGGCCCUGGUUGAUGAGGAGGUGAAGGCAUUGUUGGACAACGCUUAGAACAACGCGAAAACGAUUCUCACGAAGCACCGCAAGGAGCACCAAGCGGUAGCGAACGCCCUCCUGGAGCAUGGGACUCUCACUGGUGACCAGAUCAAGAAACUGGUAUUGAAGCGAGGUUUUAUGUCUUGACAAUUGUCAUCAGGAUCGGGGAACACCUUCUUCGCCCUGGCAGUGGAGAUGCAUACAUGAAGAAGUGUUGAUUUUUUCCUCAUACUUCUGUUGCGUGUACACGAAAUGUAAAGAGCGAUGCGCAGGGUCUGGAUUUCCACUGACUUGUGUUUCUCAGGUGUGAAGAGAAACUUGUGCAUAUUGUGUUCUGAAUCAGUGAAACUUGUGCUUUCGAUCUUA